UUACUAUACCAUCAGAUGUUGUUAGGAGCCUGGAGCACCCUGAUGAGCUGGCGGCGUUCUGGGAUGACAUCAUGAAGGGUGUUGCUGAUCUUGCUGCCAUCCCACACAAGUUUCCCCGCAAAGAACGUUUUGUAACUGAUGUGCAAAUUUCCUGUGGUUGGAUGCAUUCAGGUUAUCCUAUCAUGGCACACAAGCCCACAGCAGCUGAGCUGGUCAGCAUUGACCUUGCUAAGAGUAAAGGCCUGUGGGGCCCCAUACAUGAGCUUGGACACAACCAACAGAGAAGCUGCUGGGAGUUCCCAUCACACACCACAGAGUGUACAUGCAACCUGUGGUCAGUGUAUGUGCAUGAAGAGGUGCUGAGGAUCAACAGGGAACAGGCUCAUCCAGCAAUGACUUCAGCAGAUCGAAAUAGUCGAGCAGAGGAGUAUGUUAAGGGGGGCAAGAAACUCAGCAACUGGCAAAUGUGGGUGGCCCUGGAGACAUAUAUGCAG